AUGUCUGGCCAUAGAAAGCGGCGAGCAAGCUAUUGCGCCGCCAGACAUGUUUGGCUUUACCACAUUGGUCUGUCAGUGGACGCAUCUGCUGAUUCUGCUCCGCUGAAUGAUGGCGCUUUUAAGAUUUGCAGAGACAAUACAUUUUGCUCCUGGUCGCCUCGUCGGACCGUCCAGCCCCAAUUUUAUGGGAGUUCGAGCUCCAACUUCCCUUCGACAUUGAGUCGUAGAACUGCUGCGCGCGAUAAAAUACCCGGGGAGAUGUUCAAGCGACCCACGCUUGCAUCUGCAAGCAUGUGGGUUCUGGGCGGAUCGGAAUUGAAAGCCAUUGCUGUCUGUUCCCGUCGCCUUGGUAAAGUGUUACUCGACCCACUCGUAUUGUCUGCCAUCACGCUCAAAGCCGACGAAUACCCUCGAAUAUCGCCUGGGCCACCUCUGCAGCGAAACUUCGUCACAGGCUCAAGCCACGAUGCAUUCUUAUCAAUCCUUCUGGACGAUGCUCAGUAA